CUUUCGCGUACGAUGAUGAAGCUGUAUUUAUAAUCCGGACAUAUCUUAGCCGGGGAUAUAAAAGACAAAAGCCUAUGAAGUAGUCUGAAAGACGUGCACCAGCAACCGAUCAGAACUGAAUUUUAGACUCAACAUAUAUACAUUAGUAUAACUAGAAAGUAGAAAGUGUGUUUUUCUCUGUGGUAGAAAUGUGGCUAGAAUUAAGGCUUGUCAGUGUGUUUGUCAUUGCUAGUGUGAUUGUAUCGUUAGUAAGUUGUCACUCAUUAAAUACAAACAGAGAGAAGAGACAGACAAAUGUCAUCGACGUUCCUCCGGUGGAAUAUCUUCGCCGGUAUGGGUAUUUACGGGACCAUUACUACACCAGCAAUGUCGCCCCGAAUUCCGAGGAGUUGACAGAGGCAUUUAAAAUUUACCAAAAUUAUCUUCGACUGCCCAUCACCGGAUCCGUGAAUCCAGAUACACAAUCUGAGAUGAACAAACCGCGAUGCGGUUGUAACGACGUGUUUGCCAUUUGGAUGAACCAGACCACUCAGGAUCGGGUUAAACGAUUUGCUCGCUACACACCUGUUAACUUCAACGCACGAAGAGGUUGGAGAAGGACGGACCUAACAUGGCAGCUGUUAGGAUCUACCCGGGCACGCAUUCCGUCGUCCGUCGUCAGGUCGGAGAUACGGAGAGCAUUUGCUCUAUGGGCAGCAGAAACACCAUUAACAUUUAGGGAAGUCAACAGUAAUCCCGACAUUGAAAUUGACUUCAAUGUAGGUGCGCAUGGCGAUGGCAGUCCGUUUGAUGGCCCAAGUGGAGUACUUGCACAUGCCUUUUUCCCUGAAUUAGGUACCACUCACUUUGACGAUCGGGAACAAUGGACAACAAACUCGACAACAAGGAGCGGAAUAGACCUGUUUAUCGUGGCAGCUCACGAGUUUGGCCACGCUCUCGGUCUGGACCACUCCAAUGUUCGUGACGCUCUCAUGUUCCCGACCUAUCUAGGUUACAUUCCAGACUUCAAACUAAACACGGACGACAUCCGAGGAAUCCGGAGUAUAUAUGGAGGCCCCCCUACUCCCCGGACAACUCGAGCACCGACUAUCCCUACCACCCGUCCUACUACUCGCGCCACUACCCGGCCAACCCGUCGACCUACAACCCUUAGACCACGUCCAACAGUACCAACAACCGUCCCAUUUCAAUGCCGGAGGACUUUCGGAGCAGCUUUUGAAGAUGACAACGGUGAUUUGAUGAUGAUCCGAGGCAUUUUCCUAUACCGUAUCCCAGUAUAUGACCCACGAACUGGAUCUGCAGUCGUAAGUCGAGCAUCGAAUAUGUUUCAGCGUGUGAUGUCAUUUCCGGAUGCAAUUUUCCAGGUCCCGGGUUCCACUUACGUCAUCAGAAGAAGAAGAGUACAACAGUUUUCUCGUCCUGAUGGAACGUUACUUGGCCGCAGAGACCGGGUGGCCGACACGUGGAAUGGAUUAGGAGGAUUACCUAGAGGAGCGAGAAUUACAGCCGCCGUAGCCAUUACCCAGAAUGAGGUCCUGCUGUUUGGACGAUUCCGAGGACAAGGAUACGUGUGGGAAUAUGAUGUUUUCAACAAGGAUAUCAUACAGUCCUCAAUGACGUUAAUGCAGGAAGCUUUCCCAGGAAUACCUCCGAUUGUGGACAUGGCCUUGUCACGUGAUCCAAUCGAAAUUAUAUUCGUCGCAGGACAAGAGUACUUCCGAUAUGACACAGAGUCUCAAGAAGUUGCGGGGCCAUUUGCCUUCGCACCAGCUUUCGUUGGAGGGCCAUGCGGAAGUGAAGAGAUAUAGAGAUGGUUUUUACAUAACGGACAGUCGAAAGUGUGUUACUCAAAAUUAGCACAUAUGUUUUUAACGUAUUUUUAUUUCAGUAAACUCUUUGUUUUAAA